ACCACGUUAUGUCUUUCAAUCACCAGCAUGGAAAAGAUUUUUUCCUCUCUUUUUAACAAUACCACAAAGACAACAAGAUGAUCUUGAAUUUUAUAAUAUUCUGCAAGAAAUACGUACUGGAUGCCUUUCAAGCAAAAGUAUAAAUACAAUAGAAUCGAAAAUUAACAUAAACAACAAUUCUCAGGAAUUAUACAAUACAACACAUAUUGUUAAUCUUCGUCAAGCAGCUGAUAUUAUUAAUGAAAUGCUGUGUAGCCACUUACCUUUUGAUGAUACACAAAAUGAUCCAAUUAUCUCAAUCGCUAAUGAUAUAUUGGAUUUUGAAAUAUUGGAUGAUAAUCAUACAAUAUCUCAAUUUAAACAUCAAACUAAUCUGCCCAAAUCUGUACAUUUGCAAGAAGGUGCCCGUGUAAUGUUCUUGAACAACAAAUUAUUCGAUGAUGAUAUCUGUAAUGGAACAAUUGGUAUAGUAACAGAUAUUAUUAAUAAUACAAGUGUUGAAGUUACUUUUCCAACAUUUACAAGUAUAAAUAAGGUUAUUGUUCAAAAAGAGACCACCUACUUCGAGAUUGAUGGAAAAAGAGCCUCAAGACAACAAUUUCCACUCCAAAAUGCCUUUGCACUAACAGCACACAAAGUACAAGGCUUAACGCUUCCCCAUAUAACAACAAGUAUUGAUGAAACUGUGUUUAUAGAAGGUCAAGUAUAUGUUGCUAUGAGCCGUGCUACAUCAUGGAAAAAUUUACGAAUCUUAAGUUUCAAUUACCAUUAUUUAAAAUCUCCUAAGGCAGCCCUGGAAGAAUACAAAAGAUUAAAUAUAAUAUAUAACGAUGGACUAAGAAAUAUGUAA